GAGAGAGGACUGUGAACGAGAACCAAGCUGUAAAAGCAGUACCUUGACGGCACUCGACUGUAAGUCGUCAAAACUAACGCCGGCUGUUUGCAAUGGUUUAACCGGUCCUCCGACACGCGAGUCAAUUGAUUUUAUCGGUUUGCCGAUAAGGAAGAACUGAAUUCUUGUAGAAGCUUCAUCGCUGUAAGGGUACACUUUUCUCGUUUACUUUUUCCCAAAUUUUCAAUUUUGUUUAGUGAAAAACAUCUCCGGGUGACUGAAAAAUUGGCAUAAACAGUGCAACAUAAUUUGGCGGGAUUUCGGUUAAAGUCUGCAAAAAGGUGUGAAGUGCGAGCGGUCGAAUUUUAAAUUUACUGAAAACUGAUAGAAUGACGAAUGUUAAUAGGAUCAAAGUGGUGGUGCUAGGCAGCCCAAGAGUUGGAAAAUCAGCUGUCACUGUGCGGUAUCUAACUAAGAGGUACAUAGGCGAAUACAGUUCAACUAGUGAUCUUCUCUAUCGUCACAAUGUCACGUUUGACAGUGUAACUACAGAAGUCGAAAUUUUGGAUACAUCAAAAUGUGCAAAAAAUGGAUGUCUCUAUGAACAUUUGAGAUGGGGCGAAGCAUUUGUUAUAGUCUACUCAGUUGUGGAUAAACACAGCUUUCAUGAAGCUCAAGAAGUGCUAGGCCAACUAGUUAAGUUAAAGCUACCAUCCUACUACACCUGUCUAUUAUUAGGAAACAAAAGGGACUUGGAUCAUUCGCGGCAAAUCUGCGUGGAUGAAGGCCAGGAACUCUCGUUGCAAUACGGAUGUCAGUUUUACGAGGUGAGCGCUGCAGAAAACUUCGCUGGAGUUUCCUUAGCCUUCCAGUCUCUCUUAAGAGAAGCACGAUCAGUUCAACUGUUGAAGGCUUUGCCGAUCCGACGUAAGCUUGGCGUCAAUAGCGUCUCGAAAGUCUUGGGCAACAUAUUUGGAAAGAAUACUAAAGGAGAUCGCAAGAAGCGCCCUUCACUCAGCAUAUAAAACGUUCUAGUUGAACACGAACCAAUUUGAGAGAGAAUGAGACUUGGGUUAAUUGUCACGAAAAGUCGUUCCUUACUUUAUCACGGCUAACUAGAAUUUUAGAUAUGUAAGCCAAAAAAAAUUAUAAGCUUUUUUGUGUGUGUAACAUCGCUUUCAAGCCCUAUCCAUCCGUAUCUAACGCAAUUAAUCUAAUAUUAAAUGUGUAGGCCGGUG